UACGAGCUCCACACGUACACGGCGCACCGGCAUGCAGUGACGGCACACUAAUAGGAGGUCAAACUCUAAUAACUCUACAAGAAUUUGGCUGAGUUAUAUAGGUGCACUUCUUUUGCCUGAACUUCUGAAGAUUAACUUGACUUGAAGUCUACCUGUCACCGUCCCUGAGCUGAACUGAGUCGCGUCUGUCCCGGGGUCUGGCCGGCCGGCUCAACAUGUUGAACGUGCUUGCGGAGAGGAGUUGGGGAAACGUUCGGCCCUCUCAGGUGUAUUGCGCCGAAGCUACCCGACGGACAUUCCGGUUGCAGCUGAGCAAGCACCGCGAUGUUCAACGCAUUCAUGCCAGCGGAAUCAAUUCACUGGACAUAGAUCCUGUUGAGUUCAAAUUCAUGCUGUCAGGAGGGGCUGAUGGAGUGAUUGCAAUCUAUGACCUUGAAUCUAUCCCAGAAGUCAAAGAGUUUACUUGUGAAGCAGUGUGUACUGUUGGCAGAUCCAAUCGACAUGUUCACAAACACAGCGUGGAGACAGUCCAGUGGUAUCCCAGAGAUACUGGGAUGUUUACAUCAAGUUCCAUGGAUACUACCCUUAAGAUCUGGGACACCAAUGCUUUGAAGCCCGCCGAGCGCUUCGUCCUGGGCAAGGGAAUCUACAGCCACCAUAUGUCACCCGUGGCUAACAAACAUUGCCUGAUAGCUGUUGGAACAAUAGAUGCUCAUGCCACACUCUGUGACCUGAAGUCAGGGUCAUCAACACACAUUCUGAAGGGUCACAAGGCUUCGGUAGUGUGUGUCCAAUGGUCUACAAAAGAUGAGUUCUUGUUGGCAACAGGCAGCCGGGACAAUAAGAUUCUAUUGUGGGAUAUCCGGCAAGCCAAAGGGAGUCUGAUGUCCCUUGAUCAGCAUAAUGGUGAAGUGGUCAAAGGAUCCUCCGCAGUUAGUACGGCACAUAGCGGUCACGUAAAUGGACUUUGCUUCACAGAGAAUGGUCUUCACUUAGUCAGUUGUGGCACAGAUGAUAGGGUUAAACUCUGGAAUACUAUGAAUGGCAAAAACACUCUGAUCAAUUACGGAAAAGUGACUAAUAGCAUGCGUAAAUGCAUUGAGAUCUGCACAUCAUCCAGCGUCCAUCCCGACGUGGUGUUUAUCCCAAGUGGGAGUGAUAUCAAAAUGUUUGAUGUAUUCAGCGGGGAGACGGAUAUCACCAUGAAGGGCCAUUACAACAAUGUCAACUGCUGUGUUUUUCAUCCUCUCUUCCAGGAGGUUUACAGUGGAGGAAAUGACAGUAACAUCCUCAUCUGGGAGCCUGAUAUGGGUCAUAUUCACUUUGAAGAACCACCGCCAAAGAAACAAACCGAUGAAUCUAAAAGGAAGAAGUUCUCUAGUAGUGAGAUCAAUGCCACCGCAGACACCUGGAGCAGCAGUGAUGAAGGAGACUGAAGGUCGGGAUGAAAAAAAGAUGUACCCGCAGAUGCUGUCCAGCUACAGAUGGGCAUCGGAUGCAAUGAAGGGCCUUGUCUUCCUGGUGAAGGUCAUCUUUAUUGAUGUUGGAAGUAAAUCAUGUUUGAAGGUGAGGUGAAGGUGCGAUUACUGCAUUCCAGCAACGGACAAGCUUCAGCUAAGAAGUAGAUUUUCAUCUUCGUGCUGAAAGUCACCUUGAAGAAGGAGAGAUUAUGAUCUGUAUAGGUAAAUCAUGAUUGGAAAUAGCAGAAGGUGCGCCUACAGCUGUCCAGCCGAGAAUCAGGUCUUCUUCGUCUUGGCUAAAGGUCGCCUUCAUACAUUGUAGAUAUUAAUCUUGUAUGGUAAAUCAUGAUCAAAGAUGAGGACAAGGUGCAAUGCCAUAGUUGGUGCAAUGAAUUAGGGCUCUACUAUUUUGGUGAAGGUCACCUUCUUAGUUAUUAGACAUUGAUCUUUAAAGGUAAAUCAGGAUUAAAGAUCUAUAAGAAAAUGGUGUAAUGGCUGGAUUCCAGCUAUGAAUCAGGUCUUAACCUUGGUGAAGGCCACCUUCAUCCAUGAUCAUUAGAGAUAUUGGUCUCUAAGGUAAAUAAGUUUUUUAAGUGAGGACAAGGUGGAGUGACUGCAUACAGCUACAAAAUUUUCAAGCAAGGCAAUAACGUAAGUCCCCCGACCAUCCCCCCAAAUUGCCUCUCAUUGGUUGCACACCACAUCAGUCACGGCGCAAUGUCAUAGUCUUACUAUUCAGUGUGUAGAUGUCAUGAAAACACAUCAAUUUCAUGAAUAUUUCAGCAUUUGUGCCCAAAUUUGAUAAGUUUAAUCUUGAUAUGAAAAAUAUUUUCACUCGCAAUGGUUCCAAAAGAGUGAAAUUCAGUGGAUAUGUUUUGAAAAAUAUGGUUAUUUUCAAUUCUAUUUUAACUUGGAGUCAAUACCGAAUUAACGAAAACUACACUCCUUUGCCAAAGAUGCCACCUAUUGAAAGUAAGAACAAAGAAUACCAUGCACCAUACACGCUGGGUAUCAGUUUUGAGGUCAAACGCGAUUUCCAUUCGUAGUUUUUCCUCUCACUCCUAUCACUCUGUUAACAUGCUCAAUACUUUCGAUAUACAAGUUAUUUCAGGCGCAUGAUGUUUUGACUUUUGAAUUCCAUACAAUUUCCCCGAAUUACAGGCCUACCCUCUCCAUGCAAAUGUGACAAGAAUAAGAAUUGAUUUUUGAAAGAACAUUAUGUUUACGCUCAGGACGUGUGUGUUGGCUUGAUAAACUACUGCGUUCUUAUAUUUAGAUGAUAAAAUCAUUUUAGAAUUAGAUUUUGCUUUCAAAAGCGCAACUCUUAUUCUUUAUUUAUUUCAACUUUUUAUCAACAUUUUGUGAUUGUCUUUGAGUUACAGGGUUGUAGCUUGAUGAGGCAUCAAAUGUUCAUCACUCAGCACGCUUGUGAUGGCCCAACGCUGUUCUGUAACUGUAGCAAACAACUCAUGCACUGAAUUCCAUCUCGUUUUUUACUGAUUGGUCGAGGCGAUGUUUUGAUAAGUCGUGCUGCUCUUUGCUUGGCUGUUAGAGCCUGUGAUGCCACCACAAAAUGUUUAAGUGUCCUGAUGGACUCACUGCCCCAAAAC